AUGAGAAGUCGUGUAUUGCGUGACAUCAACGCACGUCAAGUCCUUGCCGACAGUGAAUUGACUCGUCAAGCAUACCGUUACAUUACCCGCAAUGAAACGCUUCCCGCCCGCGUCCGUCAUCAAGCACAACUCGCACUUAACAACAUGCCAAAACAAUCAUCUCAAGCACACAUUCACAAUCGAUGCGUUGCCACCGGCCAUGGCCAAGGUAUUCUCAGAGAAUUCAAGUUGUGUCGAUUCCAAUUCCGUUUGAGAGCUUUGAACGGUGAACUGCCUGGCGUCAAGAAGGCAUCGUGGUAG